AUGACCGUCACCAUCACCGAGCCCGCCAAGACUGUCUACGACCUCGGCCUGACCUCCGGUCAAGUCGAGCCCGACUUUGACAAGCUUGUCGCCUACGACGAGUUCCCCAAGGAGGUCACUGGUCGCACCGUCUGGACCAAGGAGCAGCUCCAGGCCGACGACUCGCUUUGGCAGUACCGCUGGACUCCGGAGCUUGUCGCGCAGCUCGAGGAGGCUUACGCCAACUUUGAGGCUACUGGAGAGCCUCUUACGGCCAUCAACAAGAACACCUGGAAGUUUCCCCAGGGUGCGUACGACUUUCUCCACAACCUGCGUGACGAGAUUGUCAACGGCCGCGGUGUCGCUGUGAUCAAGGGUCUUCCCGUGGUCGAGUGGGGUGUCGAAAAGUCGGCCGCCAUCUACCUUGGUAUCGGCACCGUGUUUGGCUACACCCUCAGCCAGAACGGCAAGGGCCACGUUCUUGGUCACGUCAAGGACCUCGGCAAUGACCCCACGCAGAUCGACAAGGUCCGCAUCUACUCCACUGCCGCUCGCCAGUUCUUCCACUCGGAUGCCUCGGACAUUGUUGGCCUCCUCUGUCUCCACCGCGCCAAGGAGGGCGGUGAGAGUGACAUUGUCUCCUCGCACCACCUCUUCAACACUCUCCAAAAGGAGCGCCCCGAUGUUGUCAAGCUUCUGGUCGCGCCCGACUGGUACAACGACCGCAAGGGCGAGCAGAACAAGGGCCAGGACGGCUGGCUCCGCAAGGCGGUCUACUACUACCACGACGGAAAGGUUUUGAGCCACUUUGACCCCUACUUUGUCAAGUCGACUGGCCGUUUCAUCGACGCUGGUCUCAUUCCUGCCAUGACCCCUGCCCAGCAGGAGGCUAUCCAGGUGCUCGAUGACACUGCCCAGCGCCUGGCGCUGCACACCAUCUUGGAAGUCGGAGACAUCCAGCUGCUUGCCGACACCCACGUCUUCCACGCUCGCACAGCGUACACCGACUAUGCUCCUCCCGCUCCCCGUCGCCACCUCCUCCGCCUGUGGCUCUCGACUCCUGUGUCGGAGGGCGGCUGGCAGCGCCCCUUCCCCGACGGAGACUACCUCAAGCGCGGCGGUAUUCAGGUCGAUCUUCAGAAGGAGACCUUCCCCCUUGACGGCGAGUAG